AUGGAUGUGGAGUUGGUGAAAGGGCUGUUGGAAACCAUCCAAAAUGCAAUGGUUUCAAAUAAGCUGCACGACGACGUAGCGGUGUCAAUUUUCAACCCGGACAAAAGCUACGACGGAGCAGCUGCCUGGUGCGAAAGCUUCAAUAAGUUAGGAGACGGAUUAAACUGGAUCAGCUUUGAGAAGGUUGCAAAAGCCGGUAAGGCCCUUCGGGGCUCUGCAUUAUCCUGGUUUGAAACGUGGGAUCCUGAGACAGAUAGAUCAUGGGAAGAAUUCAAGAAAUAUAUUGUUUCUGUUUACCUGCAAAGGAAAAAUCUUAAUUGGAAACUAUUAUACGCGAGGUUAUACACGUCGGAUUCCGCAGAUUCUUUCGAUGGUUAUGCUAGGGAGAAAUUAAGACUACUAAAAUCUACUAAAAUAUGUUCUACUGAGGGUCAACUUAUACAACUUAUUUGUGGUGGAAUUAGUGACUUAAAUGUAAAAAUGGCUAGUUUAAUUAGUUCCGUGGAGUCGACGGCCGAUCUUAUUUAUUUACUUUCAACUUACACAAAAUUGCUAAAAAAGGCCGUUUGA